CUCUCUCUCUCUCUCUCUCUCUCUCUCUCUCUCUCUCUCUCUCUCUCUCUCCCCAAACCCUCAUGUACCUCUAGGUGGCGGUCUGUACCCUGAAAUUCGUUGCCUACACCGCCUGCAGAAAAAGAAGAGAAAGUGAAAGAGCAGAGGUGUUGUUGUGUCAGACUGUUGAACCUCUCGCAGUGAAGAUUUGAGGAUGGUGUUUACGGCUCUCAGUCCAGUUGAUGCUCAUGUUUUCGGUCUUUACAGAGCUGUCAGAUGGAUUGGUGUCCCUCUUUACUUCUCUCUGUUUGUCUUCUGAUCAUCUACACCUUCGGAGCUGUGCGCGCCUCCAACAGCGGUAAGCCCAGAUAAUAAUAUCGAUUUAACCAUUGAUUUUGUGUCAUUUCAAUAUUUACAAAACAACAGUUAGGUAUGCGGUAUGUCUUCCUUUUUUGUCACUUUUUGGUUUAAUGUAAAAGGAUUAUUCUUACUUUUAUUUAGUCGACUUUUCUCCCAACUUAAAUUAAACCUAAAUCACUCUAAAAACUGGCUUAUAACUUUGUUAAAAGGGUCAUUUACUUGUCUUUUCACGUAUUAAUUGGUGGGUUUUGUCACAAUAAACCUGGGUGGGGGUUAUAAAGUCAGUUCCAAUACUGCCGGCAUUGAGUUGUUAAUGAUUAAUCUGGUGACUUUAAUUCAAACUGCCAUUCAGAGUUCAGGUCAGUAAACUCAACCACCUUAAAGAGAUUUUCAUCACUGAAAGCCUUUACAAGAUAAGAAUAACUCUGACAUAACCUGCAUUUUUUCCUCCCACAAGCAUAUAAUAGGGGACAGUGGGUUAAGUUGAGCCACCCCAUGUUGCUUGGAAAUGGUCAAAGAAAUUGAUCAUGUGACCAAAUAUUUAGGACAGUGGCUUUCAACUGGUCUCACUCUGGGACCCACUUUUUUAAUAUGGACAUAUGUCACCAGGUUCAUUCAACAGUGUGACCUGCUGAUUAUGUCCAUUUAUAAUUGUGUAUGCUUUUUUUUUUUUUGGAAUUUUUUUAGCCCCUACUCAUUAGUGAAAAAAUCUCUGUGAUGACAAAAACCUUUGCAGAUUCCACAUUUUUUAGAAAUUAGGCACAGCCAUAAUGUUGUCGGUAUCUGGAUGACUUUUUCUGUUGUUGUCGUUCACUGUCAUUGUAAGUGUGUGUAGUUCAAAAUACACAAAAUGAACUUUGGAUCAUUGUUAUUAGAUGUAUAUUUUGAUGAUAGAUGUGCCCUUUUGUACUAGAUAUGGAGAAUUGCUCAUUAAAUAUGUUUGUUUUUAACUUACAAUGUAAAAUAUUUUAAAAUACUGAUUUAUUUAUAACCGAUUCACUAUAUUAUGGAUUUCUCUUAUGGAAAUGCGGGUGUUACUUUAGAUUGAUGUCACACAAAGUGUUUUGUUGUUUAUUUGCUGUCUCUUUGGUUAAAUUACCCGAUGAUGAUUUUGUCCCUUUGUGUUUACAUCAUGAAGGAACGACCACUCCCUAUUUAAGAUGGCUUCUCUUGAGCAAAAAACUGUUUGCCUGAUGAAGGUCUAGUACUGAAACGUUGCAAAUAAAUGAUUGAUUGCAAGUUGGACAGUGCGCGGGAAUCCCUUUGCGACCCACUUUUAUAGAAGUUAAACCAAGCAAAUUUAUUUCUUAUUAAAAAAAACCUUUAAAGACUUAAUCUUUGACAGAAAUACACCUGUUUUAUUGAGUAAAGUGCAUUUCAGAGCACAUGAAGUGAGGACGACACCUACUAAAGUUGCAUAUACAGAGAAAUGAAAGCAAAAUUAAAAAUUUGACUUAUUUGCAUCUCGACAUUUAGAGCAUAUUCAGAAGAACCUGAGGAGGACCACGCAACAGCAAGGACAAAAGUGAAUAAAUAUUGAAUUGCACAAAAUAAAGACCAUAAAAAAACAUGUAAACAUGCUGUAUUAUCAAGACAGUUCUGUUUACACUCAUUCUGUUGCACAACAGCCUGAAAUAUACACUAGUUAGAGACAAAACUAUGAUUGCCUUGAUGUAAUGAUCUGUCAUAUGAAAAAUGGCUCAUCUUACCCCACUCUCCCCUAUUUACUCAGUAUAGAAACUGAAAGGGUUGGCACCAGCAUUGAUUUUCCAUCUAAUACUUUGUUUCUCUUUCAGUUCAAAUCAGCUGUCCAUGCCCGGAAAUACCCCCAAGACCUUUGACUGAGCUUCCGCCUGAGACCUGCUUCCAAAAAGACGCCACAUUUCGCUAUAUGUGUAUCCAAGGUUAUGUGAGGAAGGUGGGAACCUCAAAUCUCAUCAAAUGCAGGGGAACUGAUGGUGUUCCGCAGGGUACCUGGUCGUCUCCCUCCCUCCAGUGUAUACGUAAGAUUUAUUUACUCUUGUGUUCUUACUUCACUUAAAACAUCCACACUAGUUUUUCAAAGAAUAGAGUCAGAUACUAUUUGGUUUAGAGUUAAAGCUCCUGUGAGGAACUUUCAGUUUGCCUAAAUUUUGGCGCCCCCUGUGGACAAAGCAGUCUUUGCGUGUUUGGUCCACUACAUGUUUAAAUAAUGUCCUAUGACAAAAUAUCUCAUCCUGGAUAUUCUAAAAACACGUCUGUUUCUGACAUCUACCUUUUCUCACUGGUUUUAGGCAUCAAAAUCUUUAAUAUAUAUUUUUUAUCUUCGCUCGUGGUGGUUUUGCUAGAUUUUGUUUGGCAUAAAAACGCAUUAAAUUAUAACUCGGAAUUUCUGUCUGUUUCAUAAACAACAUAAAAACUCAACAAAGGAGCUUUAAGUCAACUUAAUUUCACUUAUAACUUCUCAAAGAUCUUCAUGUCAGUGUUUGUUUUAAAAUGUGAACCUUUUUUUUUUUAUAUGAAAUGUUUAGAAAAACCGAUUAAAUUUCUUUGGGUUUCUGAAGAUUCUUGCUGACAGCGCAUUAAAAUCCAUUAUUUUAAGUGUGUUUAUCUGCACAGUUAGUACUUAAAUUUCUGCGUCAAUGUGGCAUGGCGGUGAGAUAAUCAGCCUGUGGCUUUGCUGAAGUGUUAUUGAAUGUCAGGUCGCUUUUGAUAGUCUUCAGCUGGUCUGCAUCUUUCUUCCCAUCUUCCCCUUUACAAAUAUCCCACUGAUUGUCGUUGAGUUCAGGUCAGGUGGACUGGUUGGCCAAUCAAGCUCAGUAAUAAACCAGCAAACCAUCUAGUGGUAGUUUUGGUGCCAUGGGCAGGUGCUAAGUCCUUCUGAACAAGCGAAUUGCCAUCUCUAUAAAGCUCUUCAGCAGGCAAACUCAUGAACAGCUCUAUAAUCUCCUCGUAAAAAGCUGUGUACACUUGAGACAGGGUACCUUGAGUGAUCACAGACUGUGGAAACUUUACACUUGGAUGCUGUGCCUCAAAACGCUCCCUUGAUUUCCAUGGAAGAAGAAGUGGCUUGCUUUCCUCUGAAAACAGGACUUUGGACAUCUCUUUUUCCCUUCGGUCUGGGUGAGACUUUUUUGGCGCUGUCUGUGGUUCAGGAAUGUUAUGACAGUGGUCGCUCCUUACUUGAGAAUGUCUGUUUGUGUUGGCUCUUGAUGCACCACUGAUGCCGGCCUCACUCACCUCUUGGUGAAGCUCCUUGUGAAGUUCUUGAAUCGGUGUCAUCUUACUUCUAACUUCGAUGCAGGAAAUUUCUGGUACACGGCUUGACACAAACUUUUUUCACAUGUGCUCCUAAGUUCAAAAAGUAAGGAGCACACAAAGAACUUUAGGGGCACAAUGAAAAUUCAUCAAAUAAUGUGUGUCUUAGGUUGCUUUCACACCUGACCAAGCACCGAACUUUCCGAGCAGCAUCACGUGGUUGAAAGGGGCGCUCGUUGGUUGGACAAAUAGGAGGAGUAUGUAACCUCAUAGAUUACAAACAGGGGUGGACGAGCUGUCUUGUAUCGUGCUUCGUCACAUUAUUUCAUGGAAUGCUAUAACGUUAGUGAACGCAACAGUUCCUAUAAUGCUAUCGUAGCUUGUCAGGGAUUGAUCCUGUUAUUUUUCUAACUUUGACGAUCUAACACGUGAAACAUAUGAGCUCAGAGUUUAAGGACUGUGACUGUUGGUAGUUGUGAUUUGAUUUUGUUUAAAUAUGCCAAAUUGUGAAUUUAUGGGUUAUUGUUGUUCAGACAAUUGAGCUAAGCUAGCUAGCAACUGUCUGUGGUCAGUUACUCCCUCUACCCAAGAUGCACUGCGUAUAGCGUCAUUACGUACAUUUGGUCCCGUGUUUGGUCCGGUGAGCUUUCAAACUGCAUACGAACCGAACCAGGGUUCACUUGCAAGCGAACCGAGACCCACGUUUUCAGGCGGACCAGAGUUCGCUUGUUUGGUCGGCACCAGAGUUCGGAUGAGCUUUCACACCUGCCCAAACGAAGCGGACUAUCCGAGGAAACGAACUCUGGUCCGUUUAAAGCGGAUCAAAUAGCUCUGGUGUGAAAGCGACCUUAUUGUCCGACCUUAGUACUAUUAUUUGAAAUCAAUUGAAGGUCUUUUGGUCACAUGACAUGAAAGUUAUUGAAGAAAAUGUUCAAAAUUUGCUUUUAAAUUUAACACAAAACAUUUUUAAAGGACAUAUUAUUUACAUCUAUUUUUCAUCGCUAAUGCGAGUGAAACAGUCACACCGUCGAGCCCUGUAGUAAUAUUUUGUCUCGGUUAUUUUUCAUUUUCUUUUUACUGACAAUAAAUAUUAGACUUUUCAUGGUGUUGUAUUUCAGCAGAUGUAGCUGUGUAUCAUAAAUACAGAUUGACUGAGUAAUUGGUUGGUAGGCUCAAGACCUUCAAUCCUUCGUGAGGGAGACAAGCUUUUUGUAUUAGGUGUCCUGCUCAAACUUGAGAUGCAUGUGCAUACUUCUAAGGAAAACACGAGCGUUCUUUCACCUGAGGUGUUGAAGCAGAUGUAGGCUGAAGAAUUACAUGGACUUGUAUGCAACAGUGGGUACACUCCUUGAAGCCAGAUGCGCGUGUUACGGAGGUGUGAGAACUUGUCUUUGAAACUUCCUGUUGCAGUGAUCCACAGUUCAGCAACCCGCAUGGAAACUUGGAUAACACAGGCGUGUGUGUGUGAGUGUGUGAAUGGAUGAAUGAAAGGCAAACUGUAUGUUGUGCGACUGAAACCUCCCGCCAAACACCCACAGCACACAGGAAAACCUCAAAGUGUCCAGGCAGCAACAAAUUGGCAAUGAAUUCAAUACGGCUUUCAUGAGUCUGAUCCUAUUUGGAAGAUGAUGUUUCCGAACAUCCCUCAGGCCCCAGAAUAAAUUUGGCAAACUGGUGAGUUUUACUCUUGGCAGCACCAGAAGAAAGUUAAUCCCUGCAGUUUAAACUAGGUCUCUUCUGAGCUAUGGGUGCCAGCUAUAACAUACAUUUACUCAAGAUGAUCUUUUUUCCCAUGCAAAGAUGUUUUGUGUUCACUGUGCACGUCCACCGACAUGUUAGUUUUCUGUUUUUACAACCUCUAUUCACAGAUUUGUUUUAAGAGAGUAUUUUAUUUGGCUUUUUUGGCUUUUAUUUUGAUAGGAUGGCUUGAAAGACAUGGAGGUGUGGGGGAGGAUAAGGCUAAUGGUCUUGGCCUUAUGUGGAACUUUUUAGUCUUCCUGACCACUCAAAGCACUUUUAAUUGACACAUUUACACCGUUUUGUGUCAGAGUUUUAAUAACAUUUUAAGGGUAAAUUCAAACAUUUUUUCUUUAUUGUUAUCAAUGCAUUUGAGUUCUGAAGGAACCAGUAAUUAUCCAGCGCUGGUCAGCUCCUAGUUCUGUUUCAGAGGGAGUAAUUUCAGUAGCUUGCCAGAGGACACAGGUGACCAACUCUACCACUGAACCACAGAACUGCCACUGAUCUAUCGACUACCAAACUGAUCUAAAUCAAUCAGCACAACUUGGGCUCAGAUCUGCAGAAUGCUGUGACUCUUAACACAAAAUUCGAUCAUCUGUUUCCAGCCAACAUCCCAUAAGUUGUUUCCAACGCCUCCUCAGGACAUUCCUGACAAAGCUUGCAUUUUUACAUUGUACAAAUCUGCACCCCGAUGAUCUUAUUUCAACAGCUGGAGUUCUGAAUCUUGACCUGCACAUGUAGGCGUGGCAUCAAAUCCAAACCAGACUGUGCAGCAUCCAAAGCGAAGACAAAAAUAACUCCUCGGCCUCUGCGUGACUUCUCUGAUGGUCGGCCAAACGAUCAGAAGACAAAGAAUUGCACAUUAUUGUGCCACUUUGACAAAGCAUGUUAUUGUUGGCUGUUUUUGGCUUCUAUUGAGGCAGUUUCACAAUCACAGAUCAGAUCUUAAAGGAAUGCACCAUUACUUGGAUUAAUAUAUUCUCCUUAUUUUUGUUGCAAACAAUGAGAAAAUCGAAAUGUGAGUGAUUUUAUUUUUUUAACACAGCUUUGUUGUUAUUGGUAUGAUCCCAAGCAGCUGGAUGAAUGCUUAUCUGAAAUCGGUCUGUAUCCAAAUGGCUCUUUAGUUUAAACAAACAAAGGUUAACUGCUGACUGUGCAGAAAAGGCAACAACAUGUUUUAUUGGUUCCUGCUUUAUAAUCAAGUCUGGUUUUAGAGAGGAUUUGGACUCAACAUUAACAUACAAGACAGUAUUUUUAUUAUCAUUUUCAUUUCUACUCAAAUGAGUUUUUUAACCCACAGAGAUUAAAUGAGUUUAAUCUCCACUGUCCUCAAAUGGACCGGAGUGUUUAAAUUAAAAGAUGGGAGCAGACAUGUUUUGUUUUGUUUUGUAACCACCUCAUUAUUAAAAUUUCACUUAAAUUACCUGAACUCCUCCAGAACUUCACAAGUUUUGAUUUUAGGAUGUUCACUGACAGAGGCAUGCUAGCGUAUAACAGUCAGGUUUCCUUAAAUAAAGUUUAACUUCUAACAUUGACACUAAUGAGGAUUGACAGAAAAGGACAAACAGUGAAGUAUCAUCAGCAUACAGUGAUACAUGAUGCUAUAUGUUUCGUAUAAGGUUAUUAUCGUAAAUAUUGACAAUAGUGAUAUUAUCAUAUUUUGUUCAAAGUAAAUGGAAUAGAUUUGGACAAAGGGCUUUUAUUACAGACAGAGGUCUUUAGUGUAACAUUGACUGCACUUUCUUAAAGCUUGCUUGAAGUCUUUUUUCAAACAUUUAACAACCUGCGACAACUUUUUAUUCACCUGCUGAUUACUAAUAUUCUGGCGACACAUGUUUAUGCUCUUCAGAUAUUAUCCUGAACAAAUUUUGCUACAAAUGGUGAAAAAAAGUAAAUUUUAGAAACAAUUCUGAUUAAGAAACCCCCCCUCUUUUGAUAAUCUGGAUAGAUGAAGCUGUUAUUUAGUGAGGAUGGAGAAGAUCAUUGUCAGGCGACACACACUGACUGUUGUUUGGAGGAAAAGUGGACAAGUUGCUUUUCCGUUACCUCAAAAGAACCCUCCGUUCAGCAUGAAUCCACUUGUUGUUAAAAUACCACACAAUGGGGGCGAUUUAUAGGCGAACAAGCAGGGGCAUGUCCAGACCCGAUGGACUCGGUUGGCCCUUUCCCAACACUCACACUGACUCUGCUGGUGUAAUAUUACAUAUGUGAACCCAAGAUAAACAAAACAGUUUUUACAUUUCAGUGUCUUGGUCAUGUAAACUUUACUGAUUCAUCUCAUAACGCUACAUUUACAGGUCGCUUGUUCAUACUAACGAUAUUCAAAUGGUAAAAGUCAGUUUAACUUCUUGUUUAUUGUGUUUCAGGUGACCCAAAGAUAACCACAACACCAAUCCCGACUCUAACAAGUAAGUCUGUCUAGUGCACCUGCAUGAAUAAAUGAAGGUCUGGUGUUUGUUGCAGUAACGUUGUCAUAACAGAGCAUGAAUAUUGCUGUACAUGGACUUUAGCCAAUGACUUCUGACACAGUAAAGCUUAUUCUAUAAAGCAUGUCUUCAUCAAACUGUUGAGGAGAAAAAAUGUUGUUGUUUUUGUCACAUAUGUAAUGAUGGCGGUCUGGUCUUUCAGAUGGUCACACGACUAUUUCACAAGAACCCAUCUUUACCGUCACAAUCAGUGAGUUCUGCGUUUGCAUGAUUCAGAUGAACAGUAAAAAAAAUCCAAAUUACUAAUUAACUAAUACGUCACUAGUGCUAAUGAUGUACCUGAAACACUGUUUGGAUAGUUUUUGAGGGUGAUCCUACAAUAAUGGUAACGGUAGCUUGAAGAAGUCAUAUUUUAGGGUUGCCGAAACACGCCAGUGAAGGUCGGACCAAGAGUUUUCUGGAGGUAGUAGUUUAUUAUUUGGAAGAUGCCCUAAAAACAAAAAAAUACUAAAAAAAAAGUAUGGGAUGAAAAUUAAAAUAUUGAAAGGCACUAAACUAACAGCGAAUUACAACUCACUAACAAUCUAAAGUCUUACUUUGCUAGAUUUGAAACAAGGCUCGACAGUGCGACCGUCGCAUCAAUUGCAUUUGCGACUGAAAAUAGAUGUGUGCGGAUUGUAAAAUGUGUUUAGGGACACAUGUGCGCAUAAAAAAACAUCAGGCGAGGCAACAAAUGUGUUUUCAUGUAAAUACCGCGGUGAAGUUAGUUUUAGGUUGGACAUCCGACAGAGAUUCACUGCGAAUCUACCAAUUUCUUCUCACUCUCCACAACCCGGAAUAGCAACAGCAGCGCGGUUAAAUCUACUCGGCACCCUCGCUGUCAAAGUCAGGUGUUGAAUAAGGGACCAUCAAUAAAUUACAGGUUGAUUUCCUUCAACAGCUUCCAUGACCAAUUGACUUAAAAUUGAUUUCAAAUAGUGGUACUAAGGUCGGACAAUAAGACACACCUCUUUGUUUCCCUAAUUUGUCCUCUAAAAAUGUUUGUGUUAAAUUUAAAGGCAAAUUUUGAACUUUUCCUUUAAUAGCUUCCAUGUCAUGUGACCGACUGACCUAAAAUUGAUUUCAAAUAAUAGUACUUAUGUCGUCCAAUAAGAAACACAUUAAUUGAUUAAUUUUCAUCCUGCCCCUAAAGUUCUUUGUGUGCUCCGUACUUUUUAAACUUCAGAGCACAUGUGAAAAAAGUUGGUGUCAAGUCCUGUGAAACCACAGGAAAUAGCGUUUGAUGGUCUGAUAUAUUUAAAAUGUCAAGUGUGUGUGUCUAAAAAGCCAAGGGACAGAAUGAGCACACUAACAAGCUGACGACUGCCGGGAUAAAAAGUAGAAGACAUCGAUCUGAAUCACAAGAAAAUAAAAGCCCUAAUCUUCACGUUACAAAGAACACAAAAACAGAAAUUUAGCCCAUAAAUACAUGUGAUGCAGAUGUCAAAUCAAAGGAAAUGGCUACUAAAAAUCGUGAUAUCAGUCUCAAACACGAUAACUGUGGUUAGAAUUUUUGUCCAAACAAAUGUUCAACAACUUAGCUAGUUUAAACGUGUGGUUUAGCGUGGACUACACCUUAUCUUAGGAAACAACUUACGCAUCCUGGUCUUGAAACCUCAUCUCAGUCUAUAAAGUAUUUUCCGAAGAAUUAGCGUUGAAGGUGUUAAGGCUGUUGUCAGUAUUGAUAUUUUUGCCCUAUUUUUUGUUAGCUCAUCCUGCUUUCCCUCUCUGGCCCAAAAGGUGUGUCACCCCUCUCUCUUAUAGCAGUGGUAUUUGGUAGUAGUAGUAGAGAUAGUGUGACUCUUAGCAUUAGAAGACUAAACAACACUGAAGUUAACAGUAUUAACAAACUAACACAUCAGCAUGCUUUCUUUUUGUUUUUUUAGAAAGAAAACCUUUCAGCACAGCUCACAGGCAGAAACUGUUUACAGCAGUAGUAGUGGGAGUAUCUGAGGAGAUGACACCAGCAGUAGUACUUGCGGUCAUGAUCUCCGCGGUAUCGAAAAAUAUAUUUGUGUUUUCUUAUCAGCAGCAGCCUCCACCUCCAGCCUGCAGAUGACUCAGACUAUUAUACCCCCAACUACAGUGACUGCAGGAGCAAACAGCACAGAGCCCACUUCCCUCAUGUCAGAUCAAUCACAGGGUAAAUAUUUAACAGUCACACUUACUACGCUCGCCUUUGACUGAUGUGGAUCAGUUUUGAUGGUUUUUAUCGGCAGAUUAGCAGGAACUGGAUCUGGGUUUGGAUGAAUAAAACAAAGAAAAAUCGCUGUAUGUGAUUUUAUUCUGUCUUGAUUAAUGAAGUUGACUUGUGUCAGCUAUAUAAAUAUUACAGAAUUUAUGAUUUUUUUGUCGUUUAUUUGAAAUAACAAAAAGAGAAGAAAAAAAUGGAAAAGUAAAGAGCAAAUAGAAACCAUAAUGUUAUGUAUUAAAUGCAGUACAAUUUUAUGUUUCAUGUUAUAAUAACAGUAAUAAUGAUACUUUUAUCAAUGAGAUAAAAUAUAAAAGCAAAGCAGCUCACAGGUGUAGUUAUAGAAAGCCACAAACUGACAAAUAUGUCUAAUUUAAAGCCAAACAAUAUGUACAGAGCCCCUCUGGUGACAUUAGAGAAAAAAAAAACGUAUUAGUGGUGACGAGUUUGUAUCUCAUGGCCAGUAUCUCUUGCUCUUGUAUUACAACUUGCAGACGGUCCCUGCACACUUGCCCGUCUACCAGCUGCGCAUAGAGAUCAAUAUUAUUCAUCCAGCUUGAAGAACGGUUUGUUUUUGUAAUAAGUCGAUUUUUGAUUCUUGUAGCUUGUAGUCUAUGCAACUACAAUGAUCUUUCAUUGAUCCCAGAAGUCUGAAUCUGUGAAUAUCUUAUCAACUUUACCGAACUCUGUGAAAGUAAACUUGAUUAGUCCCUCAGAUCGACACCUGCAUUGACUCAAGUGCACAGGGACAGAGGAUGACGUGAAGCCGGACAUGUCAGUGUUGGUAAUGCUGAAUGAAUGAGGGGAGGUUUAGUGUCCUGGAUAGGUGGGCGGCUGAGGCGUCAGGGUCCAGAGCUGCAAGAAUCAAACAAACUUCCUCUAAAUCCCCCCGGCAGAUCCCGCUACUUAAGUUGAAUUAUCUCCAAAGUCACCAGAGGGGCUCCGUAAAUUUGUUAUAUAGAAAAAAUCCAAAAAUUUAGUUUUCUUUUUCAUUCUAUUGACAUGAUGCUUAUAUGGCACCUCAGACCCCCUAUUGAUACUACUACGAUUUUGUUUCACAUGAGUUUGUGGAAACAUGGAAAUGUUGACCCAAAAAGUCCCCAGAACAAAGCCUUGGGGAACCCCACAUGUCACAUUCACGUACGGUCAAUGACUCAGAGCCAGGUACCAUAAAACACUUCCCAGUUUUCUAGUUCGUCAAAUGCAGCAUUGAGAUCCGUCCGUACCAAGACUGAAACUUGUCUACUUCUCUGAAAAGCUGAAUUGUGAUCUCGACUCAAAAUGCCACAACAGUUCAAGCAACAGCUGAACAAUCAAACCUUUUUUUUCUUUCAGUUACUUUUUGUAUUUUCUCUGUAAAGGUAGUUAAUCUGUACUGGUGUGUUUUAUCAACAUUUACAUUUUUCUUUUUUUUGAAACCUCUAUAAUGAGUAAGUUGGACACAUAUAUUAAAGCGGCUCACUAAGGCGGACUUUGGACCCGUGCAGUUCCCUGAAGUCCCCUGAGGGCAUGAGUUAACAGAAACCAAACUGGUCUCAUCUGGUUCUCUGUUGCUGAUGUCUGUGGGAACCAGUUGUUUAUGAAUUUGAUCCAGUUGAAAACCCCCAAACACUGUCUGACUUUUGAAAACCUUAUAUUCAUCAUCGUUUCUCUCCUCAGGGACGGUAGAGUUUGGGACAGGAACAACAGAGGGCAAGACAACAUCAACCUCAACCACUGCUGGGCCUUCCAACAACAGCACGCAUAAUACCCAUGUGUUGAAUGGUAAACUCAAAUUUCCACAUUAUCAAUGAAGAUAACAGGAAAAUACAAAUUGACAUUUUAUUAAAGAUAUUUUUCUUUAUUGACAGAACAAAGCAGUGGGACAGCCGCCGGGGUAACCUUUGCUGCUCUGGCAAUCAUCUGUGGUUUGGUCGGAUUAAGCGUCUGGUGUUUUAAGAGGUAAACUGGAACUAUCAGCACAUUUUAAUAUUUGUACUUAUAGAACGGUGUCACACAGCACUUCUAUUGUUUCUAUUUAUUUUCCUUUAUUUUUAAAGGAGGUCACAGAGCAACAGAGCGCUGCCCCCCACAGAAGAAGAGACACCCAUGAACGUGGUUCAGUCUCAGUAGGUGAUGGAGUGUUUGUUCUGAUCGUGGAGAUCUCCUGGGAAUAUCUCCACUCUGUGAGGAUCCGGUUGUUUCCUGCGCUCGGGACCUGUGACUGCAUGAUUGACCUGUUUGAUGUUCUGUGAACAUAACCAGUGAACACGCUUUCUGAGACCUCAAGACUCUUUUAAUAGGAAUCAAUUUCCUUACAUAUGAUAAGGAGAAAUGGGGACGAAGGGAGGAUGACGUCCAGAAGACAACAGAUGUUGGGUUCAAAGCCUGAUCCUGCCAAAAGGACUUGGCCUCGAUGGUGCAGGCUGUGUGGCAUGAGCUACCGGACCACAAGACUCGAACCAUAAUGGUCUUAAUUUUGGUGAUUGACCUGGUGUUUAAUCAAAGCUUGACUGAUUUUUGGAAGUUGAAGGCUAUUAAAUUAAUUUUAUUCAGUACAAAGUCAAUAUUGAGUCGACAUUCAAACUGAACAGCUCAAUUAGCAGAAUAAGUUUACAGUACCUAUUCAGGAAUUUUGGUUUUAUCUGUAUUUCUCAGUGUCAACCUUUCCUGCAUUUUAAUUCUUCGUACCAGAGUUUCUUUUUUUUAUUGUUUGUAAGUAUUAAAAACACAUUUACAAUCUGCACUU